AGUUCUCUCUGCUUUUAUCACCUGCUAGUUCACUCUGCUUUUAACUAGCAAGGUUUGCUAUGCCCCGCCGCCGACACGCCUAUCCCCUGUACGUCAGCGCUGGGACCACUGUGUGAUUGACACACAGGUCCCAGCGCAUGCGCAUCUUAGCUUAUCCUCCGUGUGUGUGCAGCAUGUUAUCCUGGCAAGCGCUUGCUCCUGCCGCAUGCCUCCUCAGUGCGCCUACGCAGUGCUAGCAGCAGAGAGCGGAUAAUCACACAGUGGUCCCAGUGCUGACAUACAGGGGAUAGGGUGUCGGCGGCGGGGCAUAGCGAACCUUGCGCCACGCCUAUCCGACUGUGUGUGCUUGCUAUCAAAAACGUUUUUUGGGGGUGAUAAAAGCAGAGAGAACUAUAAACAUUACUGUAGACACAAUCUGCACAUAGUACAAAGGUUGUGUGUAGGUUAUAUAGCCCCACGUUCAUGAUAGCUGCGCUUUAAACAGAGGCUUAACAGUGCCCAGAGAAUUAUUUCUAAAUCCAGAAAAAUUCUGUAGAUCGUGCAGAUGUGAGGAACUUUAGCAGUGGAGUCAGGGACACGUCUGGAUUCUCCCCCUUAGGCACAACCUGGUGUUUCAGGACAGCCAAUUGUACCUCAGUCUCCUCAACCUGAAGCUGACAAGAGUUAUCUGAAGGACCAUCACCAUGUGGCCAGUGAUCCUCUUCUCCAUCUACUUUCUGAGAAUUUCAUCAGCCUGCGAGUCCCCCCAAAAGACUGGCAUAGUCUGCAGGUUGACAAAGCCAGCAGCACUAAUGUUGAAUGAAAAGACUACAGAAGUUAUCCAGGCCGCCUUCAGACAUGCACGUUUUCCGGACAUCAAUGGAGAAAAAUCUGUCAGCUUUUUGGGGAAAGUGACCUAUUGUUUAACUAAUAUCCAGAUAAGUGAUUUGUCGAUGGAGAACAGUGAAGUGGAGCUGAAGGAGGAUGCUUUUGAAAUCAUGAUCAAAAACGUCAGUGCAUCUUUCAAAGGAACUCUGAACUAUGGAUAUGAGGCCCUGUUUGUGAAGGUUGAACAGUCUAUUGACUUUGAAAUAGUUGCUUCCACAGAUUUACAAGUGAACACCAGACUUACUUGUGAGAAUAACCGUAUUGCUGCGGAUACUUCUGACUGUUACCUGACUUUUCAUAAACUGCUCCUUCACCUCCAUGGGAACAAAGAACCUGGGUGGUUUAAGCAGCUGUUCACAGAUUUCAUUUCAUUUACCUUAAAGCUUGUGCUUAAAAGUCAGAUUUGUAAAGAAAUCAAUUACGUGGCAAAUUUCCUUGCGAGUUUCAUCCAUGACAACGCAGAAAACUUCCUGAGUCUUGAAGAUAUUCGCACAAAUGUUGAUAUCACAUCUUUUCCGAUAAUAAAAGAGAACUACGUUGAAACCCACCACAAGGGUUAUCUGGCCUAUAAGAACCUUAAUGUUUUCUACAAUGCCUCCACAUACUCCCCGUCACUUCUAUCGGACAACAGGAUGCUCUAUUUCUGGUUUUCUGAGCAGCUGCUGGACUCUCUAGUACUUGGAUAUUUUCUUGAUCAGCGUUUGGCAGUGAAUCUAACAGGAUCUGAGCUACAGGAUAUGCAAAAGAAAGAUAAAGAAGAGAGCCAUCAGAAAAUCCUACAAGAGAUCUUCCAAGAACAUCCAGUGAAACAAACCGCUAUAAAAGUGUGGAGUGUCACAGCCCCGAACAUCAAAAUUACACCAAAGGGGACUAUUGUUACCGCUUUGGUUGCUGUCCAGAUUAACACCCCUUCCUCAACAGAGUUAUAUUUUGAAGCGGAAACCGUUACUGCCACCCAGGCCUCAUAUGCAGACAGAAAUCUGAUGCUGCAUCCAUCUGAUACUUCAGUUCAUAUUAAAAAUGUCAAGAGUUGUCUGACAGCUUCUCUGAAUGAAGAACAGAUCAAUCAGUUUCUCCAAACUCUGGUGUCUGACUUUGGUAUUCCAGUUGUAGCGAAACGUUUGGGGUCAGCUCUGACAUACCUGAUGGACAGUAAAGGCCUAAAAAUAUUUGAUAUCAUCAAUCCUGAAAUACUCCCACAUGAGGGUUAUAUAUUAGUACAGUUGGAUUUUGGGUUUCCACAACAUUUGCUGGAGGAGUACCUGAUAAUGGUCCUGUAGAAGAUGAAACCAAGACCAAUAUUACCCCACCAUUACAUUGUUUAAGCUGUGUUCAUUCAGUAAUUUAACCCAUUUGAUGCCAGGGGUUUUUUGGACACUCUGCAUCUCAGGAAGCAAAGUCAGUCUUGACAUUUACAUAUAAAACUGAAAUUGCUAAAUAAAAUAAUAAAAAUCAUACC